AGAAAAGAAUCAAGAUGCGUUCAUCCAAUUUCCCCCGAAUAUCUGUUCCCUGUUCCUGGUUCUUUCUAUCAAUUCAUCGUUCUUUCAUGGAGGGGAUUGUUCCACCUGGAAUACUCUAUUACUUGAAUAGAUCUCACUUUAUUUGACUUUUGUUGUGUUGUUUUCUUAUCAUCCCCGCCACUUACCCCCUCUCCUUUUCAAUAUUCUUCCCCAACUUUCUAGAAACGCAUUCUAACUGUCAAUAAGAUUUCGUGUCUGGACUACCAUUGCAACAAAGAACGAGUGAUGGCAUUCCAACCAACCCCGACGGACAUUUCUGUCAUCAUCACCUCUGCCAGCAACAGCAGCAACUCCAAUGAACCAGGCUUCCUCACAGAACGCCGCAUCACCCCAACAUGGACCGUCAGCCAGCUAAAAGCCAAGCUGGAGACCAUGACCGGUGUGCCCCCAGGUAGCCAGCGACUGCAACUCAAGUCACCGGGCCGCCCAAAUCAAUGGGUUGACGGCGAUGACACGGUCAUUGGGAACUGGGGGUUGAUGAAGGGGAGUGAGAUUGAGGUCCAUGAUACGCGACCUGCGGCUGCGCGGCCGAACUUUACUGAUCUCUCGGCUGUGGACAAGUAUGUGCUGCCGGAGUCGACGUAUGAGACGCUGCCGAACUCGGUGCUGGCGUGGAAGAAGAAUCAGAAGUUGGGGCGAUUUGAUCCUACUGCUGUUCCGCCGGAGGAGGCGAUGCAGAGACAGGCUGAUCAAGACAAGAUAGAUGUUCAAAAAAGAGACAUUGCCGUUUCGAAGCGGGCUAUCAUACUCCCCUCAUCCCCGCCGCAUAUUCGGCGCGGGGCUGUCCGUUUCGUUGGGCCAGUGUCAACGAUUCCCUUCCCGGGGUUGAGUAUAGAAGAUGACGGAGUGGAUCGGGAUUCCCUGCCGAUCUGGGUUGGCAUCGAGCUUGAUGAGCCGAUGGGAAAGAACGACGGCAGCAUCGGUGGUAAGCGCUACUUUGAGUGCCCCAACAAAACGGGUGUUUUUGUCAAGCCGGAGAAGGUUGAAGUAGGGGAUUUCCCUCCUCUAGGAUUAGAUGACGACCUUGAAGACGAAUUAAUGGAGGAAAUAUGAUUCAAUUGAUACGGGAAAUCAACAUGUCUGAUGACAGAAUAACCGAGCAUGGUAUAGUGUACUCUAUAAAUUAAUAUCAUUCAAAAUAUUCGAGAUAAAUCCAUUCACUCCAGGGUUUCGCUUUCAAAAUUCGCCCGCAUGAGAGAAAAAAUUAUAAAUGCACAUGGCCGUCCCACUAACCAUACAAAUUGAAUCGCUAAUUCGAACACAAAUGACCCUUACGGGAUUCAAAAACAGACGUCAAAGGACAAAUGUCGGACAAUGAAGAAGACAAAGACGAGGCUGCUAGUAACCACAGCAGCCUUGG